GCCGCCGCCGCCGUUGCUGCCGUUUCCCGCCGCACUUGAUGGACGAAAGGGGAGAAGAUGGCGGCGCCCACGCAGAGCGGAUCAUCAUGGCGGACGCGUCCAGGUGCAAGCACAGAAAGCAGGCGAACCCGAGGAGGAAACACGCCAAGGAUCAAAUAUUAAUGAAUGAAGAUCCCAAUGGCUGUUUGAAAGAAAUUAGCGAAGAGUCGUCAAAGAAAGAACCAGUGUUUCAGGAUGUAAAGUUAGCGAUCCAUGGAGAAGGUACAAGGGAAUCUGAUGAAAGAGGAAUUCUUCAAAAUGAAAUCAAGAUCGAAGAAGGCAAUGUAGACAACAGUAAAAAACAAACCUUCGGGGAGAUGCAGGAUUUCACUCACGACUCGUCAAUGUUCUCUGGGCUGCAGUUAUUUCAUUUAAAUCCACACGAAACACCACGGGCACUGCCCUCAGUAUAUGGUCAAGACACGAAUGCAAGAAUUACAGAAGGGCCCAACAGUGUACACAAGGACAAAGAUGCACAAGGAUCUUCAUCGGGUUUGGCCGGACAGAAGAGGACUUUGCAGGCCAAGGGUCAUUUUAGGACCAUUGCUCCAAAAGCUAGUCCAUCACCAGCAGUGAUGACUGCUUCUAUUCUGCCUCCAUCUACUACCAUCAGUGGAAUUUCUUGUGGAUCCAACAUCUCAUCAAGUAUUCAAGCUAAUACACUUUCACCAAAGCCCAUUAUCAUGCCGGCUCGGAACUAUGCUUUGAUGCCUAUUGCUGGUAAAGAGGGGACGUACUCACUUGUAGCUCUGCUGUUGCCACAAGCUUCUAAAACAGAAUUGUUGGUUGAAAGUGACAAAGUUGCAUUUGCAGCAUCUGAAACCACAGUUUGUACCACAUUACCCCGAGAUGCUGAUAUGAUGCUCAGACAUUCACCCACGUCCAAGUCCGAUAAAUUGAAAAGAAACGAAAUCAACCGACAAGUAUCCCUUACUGUUUCAACUAGCAUGGACAGACCCACACUGAACGCUGCACCAGCUAAAGAUUCUUGUAAACCCAACCCAGAUUUGCUGUCAGCCGCGUGCAACCUUUCAUCUUGGUCUGUUGUCCAACCUGACCAGCAGACCCCAUUAAUCUCAAAGCAAAAUCAAUGUGUUGGUGCCUUGCCACUAAUGCAGUUUGGAAAUUCUGUUCAGUUUAUUGCACCUUCUCCUGCUCCAAAGGGGAAAGUUCCCAUUUUACCCUACUCCCAAGUAAAACGUACCAUCUUUAUUAAUCCCAAACAAAGCCAAGCUCCCGUUACUCCAUCCACACAAUUUGCGUCGAGAAUCCGCACGGCAGGUUCAGGAAAUGGUGAGCUUACCGAUGCGUCUAAAAAUAUUUGUGUGGUUUCUGAUUUUCACAGGGUGGGUGCUCAAAAACCACGCGGCCAGCUGACAUUUAUACCAGCAGAAAGAAUCAGUCCACACACUUCAAAAAAAGUGAUUAUAAAUAGAUUAAAGAGGCCAAGCAGCAGUACACUCAAGCACAGAUUAGCGAGGAAAAGGAAAGCCACAGAUAAUGUGGCGAUCUCUAAGACAAAGCGGCUCCAGACCUGUGAUCUGAGCAAAAUGCAGGAAGAUGAGAAGGCAAAAUGUGAUUUUUCUCAGCAAUGUGGCCCUUUCAAAGUGAAAGAGGAAACAGUGACAAGUAGAAACUCAGAGAAAACGGCAGCUGUACUGAAAAAGUUUUGUAACAUCAUGCCAAAACCUGUGGCUGUUAUGCAAGCUGUAGCCCCACUGACAUUCACAGGAGGUGUUGUUGCUGUCCAGAACCACGACAGUUUGAAAUCUGGAGCAGCACCAAGUAAUGCACCAGUAAGCAACAUUGGUAAUUUAGCGCAAGCUGCCAACGCAUCUACCUACUGCAGAAACUUGCAGGGGCACUUGGACGUCCAAGCUUACAAAUGCAAUGUUUGCCAUCGAGGGUUUCAGUUUAAGCACCAUCUUCACGAUCAUUUGAACAUUCACUCCAAGAAAAGGCCUUAUUGCUGUCGCAUUUGCCACAAAGCCUACAGCCACUCGGGCAGCUUGAGCACUCACAUGAAGCGAUGCCACAGUGAAGUACGGAGGAAGAAGCUAAUGUGCUGCGAGUUUUGUUUAAAACAGUUCGGAAAUAUUGGAGUUUACUUUUUUCAUCUAAAGGAAAUCCACAAGGUUUUAAUCAGCAAUGAACACUCCAGCAACUUCCUCACCCAGGAUAAGAACGACCAAAGUGGAAAGCCGGAACAGAUGGAAACUAUGAGUUGCUUGCCUCCAUCAAACAGAAAGCAAGCUGGCGGUGAGCAGUCUGGAGGUGAAGAAGGUGGCCCAAGUGCCCUGCAGAUAAAAUGUGCCCGUUGCCAAGCAGUCACGCCCACCUUUGUCGACAUGAAACUUCACCUGCUGUGCGCACAUGAGGAGGCUCUGCAGCUGAGCAUGGAAGAGGGAGCAGAGAAGGAGAAGAGCGGGUGCAUCAGUGGCUUUCCCAUUUAUUCCAGCGUGGAAACGGAACAAGAGCUUUUCAAGCACGCAGCAAACUACUGGAAGCAAUUUGGUGAGAAGAAGAAUCUGUUUAAGUGUGGCGUUUGUGAAGAAGCAUUCAACUCGGCUUUCAAAUUGAAGAAGCACAUGGUUUUGCAUUACAAGCAACAGCUCCGAUUAGAGGCCGCCAAUUCAAGCGCACUUCCUAAGGUUAAAAAGCUUCAGUUCCUCACAAGUGUUGGGUUUAAUUGUGUUUUAUGUAAACGGAAAAGUGGGAGCAAAUCUGAACUUUUCAGCCACUGGCAAAGUUUUCACAGGUGCAAGGAUCCUGCCGUGCUGUGGACAGUCUUUCAUUCCUUGAUUGAACAUUGCAGGAUUGAUGAGGAACAGAAUGAACUUUCAGCAGAGCAGAGUGCUGUCAGCGCUGAACCUUUUAGCAGACGUAUUGCAGGCCCUUCAUCAUUAUGUGAUCUCCAUGAGGGGAGAAGGGUUGUAGAUCAGUGCAAAGUACACUUGAGUAGCUGCACAGGUGGAACAGAAACGUCUCUUGACUCUUGCCUGUUAACAUGUCCGUUUUGUUCAAAGGCCUUUCUCUGCACAAACUGCAGAAGUAGCAGCAGUGAAGAAGUUGUUUUUCAUCAAGAGGAUGUUGUACAUCAGUGCCCGAAGUGCCUUCUGAAGUCCCCAUUACCUGCUGAGGGUCUUGGAUCUCAAGUGUUCUGUACUUCAUCUAAGCAUUGUGGUUGAAACUCAAGUGCUGCAAGAAAGACAGGGCCUCAAAGGGACGAUGAGGUGGAACAGCAUCGGAAGUGCCAUUUCAACCAGUUUGGUGAACUUUAAGUACCACUUCGAUUUGUGAGUGCUGAUCCCCCCCCCCACAACAAAAUGGCCGGAGGGUAGAAGACAACGUGUUUCACAGUCGGGGAAAGACUAACGAGUAGAAGACCAGGAAUAACGUUAUACUGGUUUGUAGCUGAACAGUUUAUCCUGGAACCAUUGUUAGAAUUUUCAUAGAUUUUCUUUGUGGAUGUGGAUUUAAAGAUUCUCAGAAAUGAGUGAGUACACUCAAUUACACCUACUUGGCUUGCCCUGUAUAAUUAGUCAACCAUAUCCCAAGAAAAAACAUUUAAAAUCCGUGAGAUGUAAAAUGCGAUGCCUCGGCAUUACACACAGUACAAAUAAACCUGAAAGCUGUUGUUGCAUGUAAUCAAAGGAAACGUUUCAGGCUCAAAACAGAUUGGUUUAUAAAUGGAACCAGACAUAAAUAGAUAAUAAAACCAAGAUGGUGUAACUGCUCAGCUGCUGUUAAGUUUCACUGAAAUGUUAAUCGUGAAAUGUGUAUAUUUUCGUAAAUAUUAGUACUUUAAAAUUUGCAGCAAAAUUGAAAAUCUAGAAGAUAACAGGGAAGUGAAGCCAACCCUGUUUACAUUAGUGGAAAUGUAUACUUUAAUGUUUGGAUUUGUGAAGCUGAGUUUUUUAGUUUUGAAGAUGCAAUUGUUAUUCUUUAGGUACUAAGAUUCAUAUAAUAGAGCCCAUAUGUUGUAAAUAUGAUAAUCCCACAUUUCUUUAUUAGGUUAGAACGUUUGUUAAUAACAUUUUGAGGUGCAAGGAGCAUUCGUUCUCUACUGCAGCCGUUUUCCGCUUGCUCACUUUCCACGUCAGCUGAAUUCACUGAGCCACACACACAGCUCGGGGAAUGAGGUCAGGCAGCAGGUGGGCUGGAACGCAUUGCAGUCGACUUAGACCCACCACACGUCCAGUCGAGGCGGUGUGCAGGAUAUGAUGGGUCACAGGUAGCUAUCAUCACAGAAUGAGUACUUUGUUCGACCGAUAAUGCCAAAAAAAAAAGAGAGGCUGCAUGGUUUCCUACAUAAGCUCUCAUUGCCUGUUUACCAUUGUAACUCCGUUAAACUGAUUAAUUUGUUCUCUUGUUGACAUUAUUACCACAACAUUCAAUUUAUAUCGGGGUAAAAUCUACAGCGAUUUUGUUUUAUACAAUGAAAACCGAUGCAUCAUUUACUCAAUCGUUUUAUUGCAUAUUCGGAAAAAUGCAAUCACACUGUCUUUUGGUUAAACUUCUUAUGUAACCUGGAUUAUUUUUCUAAUAAAUGCUUUGAGUUGAAUACUG